AUGGCUGAGGAUUUAUUCAUAGGUGACAUAAAUAAUUCAUCUACCAUCAUGCAGAAUUUGUCCAGCUUUGACAGCAGAGAUCCCUUGCCUUUACAGAGUGCAAUUCCACAUUACUCUAGAAGCAUUGAAGUAAUACUGACUAUAAGCAUAUCACUCAUGGUUUCUGUUACUGUGAUUGGAAAUGGACUAGUUAUUUUGGCAUUUUUUCUGGAAAGGAAAAUUAGAACACCAAGAAAUUAUUUCCUGCUUAAUUUGGCUAUCUGUGACUUUUUUGUGGGUGCAUUUUCCAUCCCUCUGUACACUCCCUAUGUUCUCUCUGGAAAGUGGACACUUGGCAAAGAACUUUGUAAAGUUUGGCUAUUAACAGAUUCUCUUCUAUGCUUUGCUUCAGAAUUUAGUAUAGUCCUUAUCAGCUAUGACCGUUUUCUCAGUAUCAUUAAAGCAGUUGAAUACCAGCUACAACAAACAGGAAUUGUACAUGUACUGAUAAAGAUGGCAAUUGUAUGGGUUGUGUCAUUCCUCUUUAACUGUCCACUCUAUGCUUUUGGGGAAUACCUGUUUGGUGCUAAUUUUAUUCCCCAGGAACAAUGUUAUAUUUCAACAUUCACAUGGAGUUUAGAUAUUGCAAUGCAGGUGUGUACAUUUAUUUUGCCAUUUGGUUGUACCACUUAUUUCAGCAUUAAAAUCUACUGGAACCUGAAAAACAGAAGUAGACAAAAAUAUGUGAACUCAAAAAGGGCUUGUGAUUUAGAGUCCAACAAAGAAAAAACAUUCUCAGAUGAUGUUACUAGUGACGCAAAUGAACAUGCCUUAACAUUCAAAGGGUCGUUGGCAUCAUCAUCAUCGUCAUCAUCAUCAACAUCACCUAGAGUAGCAAGCGAUAAUUCAAGUUCUAUUAUUAAUGAAAGUCAAAAUCAUUUAUACAACAAUGUCCAUCUAAUCCAUAGACUAUUUAAUAGCUCUGGAAUCCACUCGACCCAGUACAGGAAGAAUUGUGAAAUAAAAUGUAAUUACACUGGUAACUCUUUAAAGUUGUCAAAAGAUAAAAAAGUAGCAAAAUCACUUGCCGUUAUUGUGUCUGCUUAUGGCAUCUGUUGGGCACCAUACAGAAUUCUGAUGACUUGCCAUACAUUUGAUAAGGCUCAAGUGAUUGACCCUUUCUUGUAUGAAAUUUCUAGUUGGAUGCUGUGGUUUAAUUCCUGUAUUAACCCCCUGCUUUAUCCUUUCUGUCACAGCAGCUUUAAAAGAGCUAUUUUAAAAAUCCUUUGCUUAAAAAGGCACUGA